GGGCCCGUGGGGAGCUGCUGCGCGGCUGGGCCGGGCCGUGCCCGGCCGUGCCCUGGACAGGCGGUCAGCGGUCAGCCGCGGCGGGGCCCUGGUGGGACGGCGGCGCCCUGUCGGGGCGCGCAGGCGGCGGGCGGGGGGUGUCCCCCGGGCGGCGCGGCCGGCUCCGAGGGCGGCCUCUCCCUUCCCUCCUCAGGGCGGAGGCAGCCCCGGGAUGGCGGCGUGAGGCGGCGGCACUGCGCCAACAGCCUGAGCGCCUGCGUGCCAGAGGAGUUACUGGAGACUUCUGGAGCACACCCGAUUGCUGCUGCCACAAGGCCCCAGCCAGCCAGCCACAAUGUACUGCCUGCAGUGGUUGCUACCUGUCCUGCUCAUACCCAAGCCCCUCAACCCAGCAUUGUGGUUCAGUCACUCAAUGUUCAUGGGCUUCUACCUGCUCAGUUUCCUCCUGGAACGGAAACCUUGCACGAUUUGUGCCUUGGUCUUCCUGGCAGCUCUGUUCCUCAUCUGCUACAGCUGCUGGGGGAACUGCUUCUUGUAUCACUGCACAGGAUCCCAGUUGCCAGAAUCAGCUCACGAUCCCAGCAUAGUGGGCACCUAGAAAACAAUAAUCUUCCAGUCUGCUGAGGGCUCUUGUUUUGCUUUUAAAAAGGGGGUGGGCUAGGGAGGAGGGGGGGUGUUAGGCAUGUGACUGGAGUAAAAACAGCCUGUUUCCUGUAACUUUGUGUGGACUAGAGUGGUAAAUUCCUCCCACUCUGCCUGUGAAAUUCGACUUGUUUACUGUGUGAACUCUGGCAGCACCACCUGCUUUUUUAGAAGCAGAAAUCUUUUUUUUUUUUCCUUCCCGUAUCACCGGGAAUGGACACCAGCCCUCCUAACUGAGAACUGGUGGAGGACCCAGCUGCUGGGCUCUGCCCAGCUAUUGUGCAGUGGUGGAGUCGUGUGUCACUUACUUGUCUGCAUUAGGCCACGGAGGUCUAACUCAGGGCUCUCAGCCCACUGAUUCUGCUCGAGUAGCUACAAGAUUCUCUCCAUCUUUCUCUUUGUGGGGAGCCAGCCUUCCCACCUUGCUGAUCAAGGGCAAGCUCGACAGCUCACAGAUGCACUUGGCCAAAAGCUGCUGGAGCCAGAGGCAGUUGAGUCAUCUCCUCCUGCUCAGCCUGCCAAAGAGAUGCGUGCACUGCCGAAGUGCUUUCUGAACUACUUAUGCUCCAAGAUCAUAGCCUGAAAGCCUCAGUUAUGCUGCUGCUUUUAUAAAGCCUCACAGGUAGUAGAGACUGUCUCUUCGCCUCCUCCUAGAUUUCAGGGUUUACUGAGGUAUUGACCGUUGGGAUAAAGAACCAGUUUGCUACAAGAUGUGGGGUUUUGGAAGCCACUGUGAACCUCACCCGACAAAACUCACACUAGCCCAAAAGGCCAGGUGUGGGCAGGGCAGGAGAGGAUCCCGAGGUGGAGGCACAGCUUGAAGCAGUAAAUGCUUCAGCCGUUUUCAGUGAUAGCGGUUUUGGUGACAGAAGGUGCUGCUGCUACUGACUGGAGACCAGGGUUGGCUGGGGGAGGGCCUGGUGUCUCCAUCACCCCCGGCAGAAGGGUGUUGGGAAGCCAUGGUGGGUCAGUCCUGCAGCCACGGCUGUGCAGAGCUCCACGCUGCAUGCAGUACUCUGCAGCCGUGGCUCUUGGGGAGCCCAGCCUGGGGCAGGGGUUUGUUUGUGAGAAACCUUAGAGGUUAACACAAAAUACUGUCUCUAAAUUUUAAAGGGUUCCCUCCCCUUUGCCAUCUGUUUGUCUUUACUUCAGUCUCACAGUGGAGAGCAGCAGAAGUGACUGUUGCUGUCCUGAGGAAGUUCAAGCUAUGAGGUUGUGAAACUUCCAGAGUAUUGUUUGUUCAUUGCACAGCUGUUCAAAAUGUUUAAUAAAGCUUUAUAAACUUUG